AUUUCACGCUCACUUCGGACGCUGGAUUCUGUUGGUUGAUUUCAUAUAAAGUUAAGUUCUUACAACUGUCAUUAUGUCCAAAAAUAUAGGACUAAUAUAUUUGUUAUUCAAAUUUUCAGCAGUUGUUUGUACUCUGGGUUUGGAUACAUAUAGAUCGAAUUGGUUUGACUUAGUAGUUCUUGACAACUCCCAGUCGUCAUCACUGCAUGGUUAUCUGAACCUAGAGAUAGCAAGUUCAUCAAGUACCCGUUGUGCUACUAGAUGCAUCGGAAAUCAAAACUGUCAGUCUUUUCUUCUGGAUAAAUCGUCUGGAAUUUGUAAGCUGUUCAAUAGAGGUGUUGACCCCCGCUCUGGAAAAGAUACUGGGACAUUAUCCGUUUAUACAAAGCGAGCUACUUGUGAAGAUAUAGGCUAUGUCACAUUGAAAUCUGCAAAUAAAUGUCUGAAGAGCCAUCAUACACCCCUCUCUUGGAUCAAUGCCAACGAAACUUGUGUAAUGGAGGGAGGAAGUCUUAUCAGCAUUACUACAACCAAUAUGUUGGAGGAAGUUUAUAAUUUGACUACCGCUACUGAUCCAUCCUUAACGUUAGUUCACAUCGAUGGAAAUGAUUUCAAUCAAGAAGGAAAUUGGGUUUAUAAUAAUGGAUUGCCGAUGUCUUUUCUGCCUUGGGAUUUUGGUCAACCCCAAGGAGGAAUGGAUGAGAAUUGUAUGCUCCUUUUAAAUGGAAAAUUUCACGAUGCGCCAUGUGAUAGUUUGGCACUGAAAUUUUUGUGUGAGAGACUUUUGGUAAUUUAACCAAAAUAAAUUUCAACGUUCUUGGUGUUUACGUUAUUAUGCAAAAAUGAAUAAGAACUCAUUUUGAAUUUUCUGAAGUUGAUAUUUUAAGGUUUAUUUCAUUUUUAAUUUGACUUUUUUAUUGUUGUUAACAUAAAAAAAUAUUUCACAGAUAUUUACAUUGUUAUUAUUCAUGAUAAUAUACUAAUAUCUUAUUAUAUUUAUUUCUAGAUAGCCUUAGAUUAUUAAUUGGUAUUUUUCCAUUUUUUAUUUUGUUUCAUCAAAUGUUUGAUAUUUGAAAAUAGAAUACUUUCUCAUCAGUAUAUCAGAGACGAUAUCUGGUUACCCUGUGUUGUAAAACAGUCCUCAUUUUUUUCCCAAACAAACUUAUGAAAUAAUCAAAACUU